AUGAUGGCAUCGCCGGACGGAAAUGCCCCGGCCUUUUACGAAGCGGCCUUUGAGCGUGCAAGGCCACAAAUUGAGCGCAUCCGCGCACAGAUUCCCCAUUUUCCUGCACCCGCGCUUCGUGUCCAGCGUGUGGGACAACUUGAUGCCGAUUUGCUGGACCAAGAGCUGACAGAUCUGCUCGCCGAGCCCCUCAAGGCAGCGCUACAAAAGGUGCAUCCGGUCCUAGAGAAGCAGAGGCAUGCAGAGCUGUACCUGUUGCUACGCUUAAUUCUCUAUAAAUUCAGCAUUUACGACCGCUCCGCCUCGUAUGGCGCCAUGCUGCAAAACCUCAAGUAUCGCAACGAAUGGGUUCAUCGCGCCCACAGUACCCACGCAGUGACGUCCACAGCGCGUGAUGCCCCCCUUUCUAUGGUUCAGCUUGGAUUAUACCCGCUCCUGACCAUUGUACUACCGUACUUGUAUGGAAAAGGCAAGACGUACAUGUCGACUCACCAAUUUGACCAGGCACCGCGGGAAAGUCCCCAAUUCGUCGCGUAUUCACUCGCGGACCACGCGCAGCGUCUCUGGAAUUUAGCAGCGCUGAUGAACUUUGCAUUGUUUCUGUGGAAUGGAAAGUACCGCACCGUGACGGAUCGUGUGCUGGGUAUGCGACUUACGUAUGCAAACCGUUCGCUGCAGCGCAAUGUGUCAUUCGAGUUUUUGAACAGGCAGCUCGUGUGGAACACAUUCACCGAGUUUCUACUUUUCCUGCUCCCCCUGGUCAAGCCGCGGCGCAUCUUGUACAGGAUGGCGCGCUGGCCCAGCCACCCUGUCGUGCUGCGGGCAUUGCAUGACACACUCCCUGAGCGCCUCUCGCGCCGCUUGGGCCUGGUCAAGGAUAAGGAAGAUGGUGUGGUUCGCCUUGCAAGUCGUGCACGAAAGCGCACGUAUGGAAAGUACUGGUUCUUGCCGAAUGAGUGCUGUGCACUAUGCUUCGAACGACUCGAGCGUGCAGCGGGUGUGGAUGUUGAUCACGUUCCGGUCCCCCCUCCAGACGCCACACUUCCGAAUCCGAACCCGCUACAUCCGAACAGUGGACUGGUUGCUACCCGCCAGAAACGCGACCAAAGCGAAGCAGACAGGACGUCGGAGCGGGCCUUAGAACGUGCCAGGCGCCUCGAAGCGCGUCGUGCAGCACGCAAGGCAGCGACCGUUUCAUGGUCCGCAGAUCAUGCACCAAAGCUGGAUGGGACAUCACCAAACGGGAUCAAGUACAUGGAUGCGAUCCUUGUGACGCCUUACCAAACCUUGCCAUGCGCACAAAAUGGCCGGACCUGUCAGUACUGCUAUUAUUGCAUUGCUGAGAAGCUGCUGGAUGAAAAUAUGGGAGACGAUCUGCAGGCGGGCGGUGGUUGGGCAUGUCUGCGCUGUGGCGACUAUGUGUAUGGAGCAGAGCGUGUCAUAGUCGAGUCCACCUAG